AUGAAGAGCAAACGUGCACAAGAGGCCGCUGCGGCGGUUGAAGAUAAGCCUACCGAGAUUCCCACCGAUGCGACAAUUCCUACCAAAAAGCGCAAGCGCGGUGACGACGAUGUAAACGACGCGGGCAAGGAACCCAAGAAGGACAAGAAGAAGAAGAAGGGCGACAAGGAGAGCCGCAAAGAGAAAAAGGAGAAGCGAAAGGAUCUCCAGGACUUGCCUGGCCGGGAAGAUGACGAGCCAGAAGCUGCCAAUGGCGACGUGAGCGAGAAGGCCGCCGCGGCCACGACCGAUGGAGAGGGUAAACAGGAGGACAAGAAGGAGGACAAGAAGGAAAAGAAAGGCAAGGAGGGCAAGGGGGACAGCAAGAAAGAGAAGGCAGAGAAGAAAUCGAGCAAGAAGGAGGCGAUCAAGUUGGCGAAGAAGGCGAAGAAGGUGAUUCAGAAGGAACAGAAAAGGAAGGCCACCAAGGAGAAGGAGGCGGCCAACAGGGCGGCGAAAGCGGCCAGGCUAGCUGCAGCCGCUGCCAUCCCCGAAGGUGCCAGUAACGGAAUCGACCUAGACGUCGACGAGGCCAAGGAGAAGGCGCCGCGUCACAUCGUCUUCGUCGGCAACCUGCCGUACACGGCGACGGCGGCCACCAUCUCGGCGCACUUUGCCUCGCUGUCGCCCGUCGCCGUGCGCUGCCUGACCGACAAGGGCGACACCGAGCGCACCUGCAAGGGCAUCGCCUUUGUCGAGUUCGCCAGCGUCACGGCGCAGCGCACCUGCCUGGAGCGCUUCCACCACAGCACCUUUAACGACGGCCAGUCCCCUGAGCGAAAGAUUAACGUCGAGCUGACUGCCGGUGGUGGCGGCACCUCGGAGAACAGGACGGAAAAGAUUCGCGAAAAGAACCGCAAGCUCGAGGAGAACCGCGCCAAGCGCAUCGAGAAGGAAAAGACGGAGGCGACGGAGGAGGCGGCGGCGGCCAAGGCGGAGAGCGGCACGGCGGAGGAGCAGCAGGAGCACAUGGACGAGCAGAUCCAUCCGAGCCGCCGCGCGCAGAUGGGCAGCGACGCGCCCGCCGACGACUUUCAAGGCGGUGGUGGCGGUGGCGGCGGUGGCCGUCGCGGAAACUGGGGCGGUCGCGGCCGAGGUGGUGGUGGUGGCGGCGGCGGUCGCGGAGGCCGUCGUGGCCGUGGAGGCUGGAGCCGGUAG